UCGACUUCUCAGUGCUGUUUCGGACGCGGACGAGAGUGGACGUGUAUUAUUCGUUGUCUCUCUCUUUCUCUCCUCUUCAUCAUCGUCGUCGUCAUCGUCAUUAUCAUUAUCAUUAUCAUUAUCAAUCUCGUUCUCGUUGUCCCUUGAGAAUUGAAGAAACGAAUUUAUGAAGAUUUUCAACGAUAUUUAUUCGUUCAUCAAUAUAUAACUUAGUGUAAAUGUGCGCCGAUAUAUUAUCGUUAUAAUGUGUAUUCCUCUACAUAUCUGGCGAUAGAAAGAAAAGAAAAGAAAAGGGGAAAAAAAAAGACAAAAAAAAAGACAAAAAAAAAAGAAAAAGAGGAAAAAGAAAAAAAAAGGAAGGAGCAAAGAAUGUGAUAAAUAAAAAUUAUCACAUUCUUGGAAUUACUCUACAAACGUAGUUCUUCGUUUUAGUGAAAGUAGUCGUGUAGCGGUGAUAACGAGCUAGAAUAGAGAUAACGUAUAUAUUAACGAGUGAACGUUCGAUAGUGAGGAAAAAAAAAGAAAGAAAGUGAGAGAGAGAGAGAGAGAGAGAGAGAGAGAGAGAGAGAGAAGGGGGGAGAAAGAAAAGAAAACGAAAAUAAAUCUAAAGGGGACAGAAAGAGAAGGAACGUCGGAGAAGAUAAUUACUUCUCGAUGAAUACGACAUCUUAUUGCCCAUAUAGUGUAAUAACUAUCUUACGUAAAUAAAUUAUCAAAGAUCCUACGAAUUUUUAUCUCUUUGUGAAAUUAACAAGUAAACUAUAAAGAAGAACAAUACGGAAACGAGAAAGGAAUGAUCCGUGAAAACAAGGGCAAAAGAAAAAACUUAAUUAUAGAUCUUAAAAAACGUUUCGUACGAUCGAUCUUAUCCUUCUCGUACACAGUGCUGUGACCAAAAAGAAAAAAAGAAGAAGAAGAAGAAGAAGAAGAGGAAGAAGAAAAAGAAGAAGAGAAAAAAUUUUGUGGUAUCUCUAGUUAUCCAAGCAACUAGCUAAAACCAACCAGCUAGACAGUUUGAAACGAACAUCGUUAUAUCUCUCUUACUCUAUUUCUAACAGUUAGAGAGUUGAUACAGUUGCCAGAUAAAAUUGGUCGAACCCGAUGAUAUCGAGUUAUCAACAACAAGAAUAACAACAACAACAACAACAACAAGAACAAUACGUAGUAUUCUGAGAUAAUCUCAUCCUCGUUGCACAAAGUAUCUACUCGGAACAAACAUCGAACGGAUUCGAAUUACUGGGGCGAGCGAUUGAACGAGUGUCCUGCGGCACGCGAUGCGAUUGUGCAGUUCCACGGAUAGAAGCGGAACGUUACCUGAGACAGAAAUAGAAAGUGGCUGCUGUGGGAGUAAGAGCAAAUUGUGCAUCGGCGAGAUGAGGUUGAUGCAGAGGCUAGCGAUCAGUGGACUUUUUUCGGUGAUACUGAUCGUUCUAUUAACUGGAACAUUCGUAACCAGACGCGACCUGACCAGUGUCGUUGAAAGAGGUGUAGCACCUGAGGAACGUGCGGAACAAGUAAAUCCAGCAUGGAUCCAGGAUAAUGCUGUACCUGUUGGUGGUACUGGUGGUGUUGGUGUAGGUGGUGGUGGUGGUGGUGGUGGUGGUGGUGGUGGUGGCGGUGGUGGCGGUGAUGGUGGUGGUGCUGCUGCUGCUGCUGCUGCUGAUAAUGUUGGUGCCGAUUCUGUUGUUGGAGGAUUUGCUAGAGCAGGUUUGCCUCGCGAAGAGAACAGAAUCGAAGAUAAACAAGAUCGACGAAUGUUCACCCUCGUUAGGACGGUUCAUAGGCCUUCUGUAGUUUCGGUUGCCAUUGCACCACCACCCGCACCACUUCCAGGUCCUUACAUCGUUAGACCACCCAAUCCACCAUUGGAUGACGUCACUCAUCAACGUCGUGAGAAAAUCAAAGAGAUGAUGAAGCACGGCUGGGACAAUUACGUGAGGUACGCCUGGGGGAAAAACGAGCUCAGGCCGAUCUCGAAGAAGGGCCACAGCGCCAGUAUCUUCGGCACGUCCACGAUGGGUGCGACCAUAGUCGAUGGUCUGGAUACCCUUUACAUCAUGGGUCUGCACGAUGAGUUCAAGCAAGGAAGGGAUUGGAUUGCUGAGAACCUGGAUUUCGAUAUCAAUUCAGAGAUAUCGCUAUUCGAGACGAACAUUCGUUUUAUGGGAAGUCUUUUGGCUUGUUACGCUCUCACGGGAGACGUAAUGUUCCGGGAUAAGGCGGCCCAACUCGGUGAACGGAUGUUACCAGCCUUCCAAACGGAAACCGGAAUUCCUCAUUCCCUCAUCAACCUACACACGGGUGCCAGCAAAAAUUAUGGUUGGGCAAGUAGCGGAUGCAGUAUUUUGUCAGAGAUCGGAACGAUGCAUUUGGAAUUCACUUACCUGAGUGACAUUACCGGGAAUCCCGUCUUCAAGAGGAAAGUCGAGAACGUGAGGAAGGUGCUGAAGAAUCUUGAAAAGCCGAAGGGUCUCUAUCCAAAUUACAUUCACCCGAGAACUGGGAAAUGGGGUCAACAUCACAUGUCACUCGGAGGAUUAGGUGACAGUUUCUACGAGUAUCUGUUAAAGGCUUGGAUCCAAUCAGGAAAGGAGGACAGAGAAGCACGUGAAAUGUAUGACGAAGCAAUCGCAGCUAUCAGCGAGCACAUGAUCAAGACAUCACCCGGUAAACUGCUCUAUGUAUCGGAUUUGAAAUAUGACAGGCCUGAACACAAAAUGGGUCACUUAGCCUGUUUCGCUGGUGGUAUGUUCGCAUUGGGUGCUAGAACCUUAGAAAACGAAGUGUCGGAUAAGUACAUGAGCAUAGCCGCAGGCUUGACCAACACCUGUCACGAGUCCUACGACAGGAGUGUGACUAAACUUGGUCCGGAAGCUUUUCAUUUUAUCGAAGGAAACGAGGCGAGAAGCUUGAAAACCGGCGAGAAAUAUUAUAUCCUUCGACCUGAGACAUUCGAGUCGUAUUUCGUGAUGUGGCGGCUUACAAAGGAUCCGAAAUAUCGCGAAUGGGGCUGGGAAGCCGUCCAAGCACUGGAAAAACAUUGUCGAGUCCCAGGAGGAUUCACAGGACUCCACAAUGUUUACUUAGCCAACUCACCGAAGGAUGACGUUCAACAGAGUUACUUCUUCGCCGAAACCCUCAAGUACCUCUAUCUUUUAUUCAGCGACGACGAUCUCAUUAAUCUAAACGAUUGGGUGUUCAACUCCGAGGCUCACGUGCUUCCAAUCAGAGGAAAUCCUCUCUAUCGCCCAGCUCCCUCCAUAUAAACUCGAAUCUCAACUUCAUUCGAAGAUGACGACCUAUCGCGAUCGAUGAUUCAUUCUGCAGUGAAAUAUAAAAUGCAGAAGGAAAAACAGAAAGAAAAGUAGAACAAGAAAAAGAGAGACUCAAUUCGACAAUGGAAGAAGAGGGCUAGCUCAUCUUUACGUUUUCGAGAUGAAAAUUAUCGUGUGAUGAUCGGUCGCUGAUUACUACAAGAAGAGUAGAGAAGUGCGAGUUAUAUAAACAUACAUACAUACACAAACACUCGAUAUUAUUGAAUAUAUAUAUAUAUAUAUAUAUAUAUAUAUAUAUAUAUAUAUAUAUACAAUAAUUAACAAAUAUUUUAGCUAAAUGAAAAGACGAAAGAAAAGAGAGAGAGAGAGAGAGAGAGAGAGAGAGAGAGAGAGAUCGAAAUGUACGUAUGCGUGUGACAGAGAUAGAGAGAGAAAAAAAAUUAAUAACAAAGCGAACGUUAUUUAAAAAAUUCACGUUUGUAAAUAGCAUAAAGAACAUGUGCAAGUGAGAGAGUGAGAGAGUGAGAGAGAGAGAGAGGGAGAGAAUGGUAUUAUUAUCAAAAGAAAGAGAGAGGCAGACGAACGGACAUACAGACAGACAGGCAAACACAUGUUUCAUUUCUGUCUCUUUAAUAAUCGAGAAAAGAAAAAAGAAAAAUGAAAAUGAUGAAUCUAUCACGAUAUCACUUGUCAUUACGACAAAAUACUACUACUAUUUACUAUUCAUGAAAAAUUUCACGAUUAACUUGAAAUAUUCGAAUAGAUGGACGACAUCGCGGAUAACUUAUACCAUACAUUAUGUACAUACACAUCUAUGUACAUUUAAUGUAUUUUACUGCGCGCGCGCAAAAAAAAAAAAAAAAAAGAAAAAAAAAAGAAAGAAAAUAAAACAAAUAAAUAAAUAAAAAACAAAAGAUCGAAUUAUUUUUCAAAUAUCAUCGAACUAUUCGAAUAUUUUAAGUGAUAAUUUCAGAUAUCGUCGUCUAUGAGAAUAAAUCGAUUUUGAUCGGAUAUGAUCAUCUUUUUUUAAUUGGUUGAAAUUAUUCAAUAUGUAAUAACAAAUAUCUAAUAUCAAACACAAGUGACUAAUUGAACGUACGGUAAAAUCAAUGACGAAUUGGAAAAAUCACUUGUUUUUUUUUUCCUUCCACGGACUACUUUGAACGAUGAUUCUAACGAUUUAUAAAAGACUUAGAAGACAACCAAAAAAAAAUAAAAAAAUAAAAAAAUAAAAAAAGAAGAAGAAGAAGAAGGAGUAAAUAAGAAGAAGAAGAAGAAGAAAUACUCGUCAGCCAAUCAAAACUAGAUAGCAAAUGUCACCUCGUACGUUUUUCUAUCAUUGGAAAUCACGUUUUUUAAUCUUCGUUUGAUAAUAGUAAUAAUAAUGAUGAUGAUGAUGAUGAUGAUGAUGAUGAUGAUGAUGAUGAUGAUGAUGAUGAUGAUAAUAAUAAUAAUAAUAAUAUAAUAAUGAUAAUAUAAUAAUAAUGAUAAUAUCCGAAUCAACAAAGUCAUCUCGUCGUACCUCAUAUCCUCUCGCGUGGAGAUUCUCUCCUCUCCAUUUUUCUGAGGACUUUGACGUAUGAGUGCCGUGCUAACUUUCUUCUCUUUUUUCAUCUAUAUUUUUUUUUCUUCUUUUUUCUUUAGUUCUUUUCUAUAAAAUCAAACCAAGCGAGAAAGAAAAAAAAACAAAGAGAUAGAGAUAGAGAGAUAGAGAGAGAGAGAGAGAAAGAAUGUUUGUGCGUGUCUGUAUUGUGUUUGCUUUAAAGUGCGAGUGAGAAAUCUGACAUGAAGAGUUGGGAUGAAACGAUUAAAAAAUAAAAUGAGACAGCUAAAACAAUAAAAAAAAAAAAAGAAAAAGAAAAAGGAAAAGGAAAAUGAAAAUAAAAAGAAAUAAAUAAAAAAAAAAAAAAGAAGAAAAAACUGAUAAACAAAACAAAUCGUAGCCUCUUUAACAAUAAUAGCGACAAAUAGUUUGUUUGCCCUUAAUGAAAAUAUAAGUGUGUAUAUAAAUGACGAAAGCAAAGGAAUAAAAGAAAAAGGACAAAAAGGAAAAAAAGAACGUCAUAUUCUGUAACGGAAUGGUUAUUAGUUUAAUCGAUCGUAGAUAAAUUACGCUAUUUGUUAUGUAUAGUAUUUGCAAUGAAAGAAAUAUUCAAGAUGGUGGUUAAGAGGUGGUGGUAGCAGGGGAAAGGUGGAGGGGAGAGGAGGAAGUGAGACAUGCGUACGUUGAAGCCAACUAUAAGGAUAAUUAUUAUUAACGUCAUCUAGUAAAUAUUAUAAACAAAUAUUAUCGAGUAUAUAUAUAUAUAUAUAUAUAUAUCGAUCUGCUAAUCGAUCUUUGCGAAAGAUUCAGAUUAGAUUAUAUACUCGAAUGUUUUUAUUUUCUUUCUACUUUUUUUUGUUUUUUUUUUCCUUUUUUCUUCUUCUUUUGUCUUUUUUUUUCUCCUAGCUUCACGACGUGUCUUCGCCAAUUUGAGAUAAAUAAUAUGUUUGACGACGACGACGACGACGACGACGAAAAGAUUGACAGAAAGAAAGAAAGAAAAAAUGAAUGAAUAAAAGGAAGAAACAAAAACAAAAAAAAAAGAGAUAAAUAUUCUUACGAUUGAAAGAAACUUCGAUACAAUCAAUUAAAACGGCCGGAAAGUUACUUAAUGUACACACACACACGGAUUAUAUAACUAGUAGCUUUUUACGCUGGGAUGAUGUUUGAAAAAAAGAAAAAAAGAAUAGAGAGAGAGAGAAAGAGAAAGAGAGAGAGAGAGAAAGAGAAAGAGAGAGAGAGAGAGAGAAAAGAAAUAUCUAAUCCUUUCAAACGUUAUCUCAAAGAGUGACUGACGCCGGGUACAUACUCACGCGCAUACUCACGAAUAAAAAAAAAAGAAAAGAAAAGAAAACAAAUAAAUAAAAGUGAUACUCACUUGCUAUGCAUGAAAGGACGAAAUAAAAGAUAAAUAAGUAAAUAAAAAAGAAAGAAGGAAGGAAAUGCUAGACGGCUGCAAAUGAAGAAGAGGGAUUAAAGGAAUAAGAAGAAGAAUAACUAAAAGGGAAGUAUUAAAAGAAAGAAAAUAAAUGAUAAAAGUAUCAUUAGAUGACGUAAGCGAGAUCUUUGGAAGCAAGACGAGGUGAAGUUACCUCGCUACCCGUAAAUAAAGAGAGACUAAUAUUUCUAAUAAAAUCUCAUUCAUCAUUUUUAUUACAUCGGUCGUCGUGCUUCCAAAUGAUUCGUUUGCCAAAUAAAUAAAUGAAUAAAAAAAACAAAAAAAAAAAAAAAAAGAGAAAAAAAAGGAAAAGAAAGGAAAGGAGAAAGAAGCGAAUGCCGUCAAUAUAAAAAGUCCUGAUGCUGUAUGUAUGUACGUGCGUAUGUGUGUCUUAUGUAACAAUAGUCGUAAACAACGUUAGCGGCUAAUAAAUGAUAAGAGAGAGAGAGAGAGAGA